AUGAGGCCGGGGCUGCACACGCACAAGUUGCCCCACUCCCGGCGCGGGCCGCUGGUGCUCUUCGCGGUCGGGGUGGCCCUGCUCCUCCUCGCGCUGCGCUCGAUGCACGUCCCGCACGUCAAUCUCCACGUCUCUCACGACGACGCCGCCGCGCCCGAGCAGCACGAGCCCGUGGAGCAGGAGGCGCAGCAGGCGCCACUCGACACGGAGGGGCCCCCGGCCCCGACGGAGCCGCCGCCAACGCGCGCAGCGGCGCGCGGCCCACGCGUCGCCAUUUCGCUGACGGGGGAGCUGCGGACCUUCGUGUACCGCGGAGUGUACAAGUCGUUCCAGACCAAUAUAGUCGACAAGCUGCGCGAGCUCGGCGCCAGCGUCGUCGACACGUUCCUGGUGAUCAACUACGACCUGGCGGAGUUCGGGCGCAGCUUUGCGGCGCAGGAGGCGGACCUGGCGCUGGCGAUCGAGGCGAUCCAGCCGCGGCGCGUCAUGGCGGACGAGGUCUUCCGCUGGAUCGAGAACUGCAAGCCGUCGGGGUGCGGGCAGGACGACUUCAAGGUGUGCGGGUACAACCACUACUGCGUGCUGCGCGAGCAGCGGCGCGAGCACGGGGAGCUGGUCGGGGAGCCCCGCACGCGCAGGGGAGCGUACAACCACGCCGCGCAGAUCCUCAAGCUCGUGGAUUCGUGGGAGCUGAUCCGCGCGGCGGAGCGCGAGGACGGGCAGCUGUACGACACCGUGCUGCGGCUGCGCACCGACCUCAAGUACCACGCGCUGGGGCCGGAGAUCGAGACGGUCCUGGGGGAGUUCAGCCGCGGGCAGGACGUCGAGGCGAGCGAGCUGCAGGGCCCCUCGCGGUGCUUGGUGCCGUGGGUCAACAUGAUGUCGCAGACGGCGGGGGACUAUGCGGGGUACUGCACGCGCAAGGGCGGGGAGGCGUACCUGAGCACGUUCGCCUCGUCGGUCGGCGACGGGCGGUGGCUCCCCGUGCGCUGUCUGCGCGAGGCGAACGACGCGGAGUCCCCCGAGUGCUUGUUGUACAACAUGCUGUACAUGGCCGGCGUGGAGGUCGUGCCGGUGCAGGGCAUGCACGGGGACUGGUUCACGUUCAGCCGGCUGUGCGGGGACGUGUCGGCGGUCGGCAUGAACAACAACCGGCUCUGCCCCGACCUCAGCGACGCCUACUUCGUCAGGACGGCCAAGGACUACGGCAUCGACAUUCUGCCGAGCGAACACUACGGACGAUAG